AUGAAGACGGUUUUGAUGGUGGCUGAAAAGCCAUCGCUGGCACAGUCGCUGGCUAAAAUUUUGUCUAAUGGCAACAUGAACUCAAGGAAGGGCUCCAAUGGAGCCUGUUCAAUUCAUGAUUAUACAGGGAAGUUUAAUGGAGAGACAGUCCAUUUCAAGAUGACAUCAGUGUGCGGCCAUGUUCUGGGUGUUGAUUUUCCAGGCAAAUACAACAACUGGGACAAGGUGGAUCCAGUUGAGUUAUUUACUGCGCCCAUCACCAAGAAGGAAGCGAACCCAAAUCUGCACAUGCCAAUGUUCCUCAGAAAAGAGGGAACAAAUGCAGACUAUUUAGUCCUGUGGCUUGAUUGUGACAAAGAAGGAGAAAACAUCUGUUUUGAAGUCAUUGAUUGUGUGAAGAGUGUUAUGAAUCGUGUUCCUGGCCAGCAAAUUUACAGAGCCAAGUUCAGUGCAAUCACAGAAACAGAAAUCAAGCAUGCCAUGAGCCAUCUUGUGGAGCCCAACAAGAACGAAGCCUUGUCGGUGGAUGCCAGACAGGAGCUGGACUUGAGGAUCGGUUGUGCCUUCACUCGUUACCAAACAUGCUUCUUUCAGGGUAAAUAUGGAGAUUUGGACAGCACACUCAUUUCUUUUGGGCCAUGCCAAACACCAACUCUAGGAUUUUGUGUAGAACGUCAUGACAAGAUCCUGUCAUUCAAGCCAGAACCAUAUUGGGUGAUAAAUGUCCAGGUUUCUUCACCAAAUAUUAAAACUCUGCGCUUAGACUGGGAAAGAGUGAGACUGUUUGAUAAAGAAGUUGCCCAGAUGUUUCUCAAUCGGAUCAAAGCUGGGGAAUCAGCUGUCGUACUAGACGUUGUAGAGAAGAAGGGAGAGAAAGCAAAGCCUCUGGCUUUGAACACAGUGGAAAUGCUGAGAGUGGGCAGUUCUGGUCUUGGCUUUUCACCACAACAUACCAUGCAGAUAGCAGAAAGGUUGUACACACAGGGCUACAUCAGCUACCCCAGGACUGAAACCAACUCUUACCCGGACAGCUUUGAUUUAAGAGGCCCUCUGAAACAGCAAGCAUCUCAUCCACACUGGGGUCAGUUUGUGUCUGAACUGUUGAAGACUGGAAUUCAAAAACCUAGGAAAGGGCAUGAUGCUGGUGAUCAUCCUCCCAUUACUCCAAUGAAGUCUGCAACCGAGGGAGAGCUAGAUCAUGACAGUUGGAGGCUCUAUGAUUACAUCACUAGACACUUCAUUGCUACAGUGAGCCCCAACUGUGUAUACCUGCAGAAGACAGUCUACUUUGAAAUAGGCUCUGAAAAGUUCUCCUGUUCUGGCAAGGCUGUAAUAGAUCUUGGCUUUACUGCUAUCAUGCCUUGGUUACAGAUCCAAGACGAUGAAGAGAUCCCUCCUUUGAAGCCAGAUGACAAACUUUCAGUGGAUGAGGUGAAACUAGUGGAGAAACAAACCUGCCCCCCAGACUACCUAACAGAGAGUGAGCUCAUCACCCUCAUGGAGAAACACGGCAUCGGCACUGACGCCAGCAUCCCCGUCCACAUCAACAACAUUUGUGAACGUAAUUAUGUCAACAUCAUUGCCGGCCGAAAGCUGAAGCCCACUAACCUUGGCAUUGUUCUGGUUCAUGGCUAUCAAAAGAUUGAUGUAGACUUGGUCCUGCCAACAAUGAGAUCUGCCGUGGAGCAACAGUUACAGCUGAUUGCCUUGGGGAGAGCAGACUUUCAAGAUGUCAAGCAACACACCCUGGACAUUUUCCACAGCAAGUUCCGCUACUUUGUGGACUGUAUUUCAGCCAUGGAUGAGCUGUUUGAGGUGACCUUCUCAUCUCUUGCCGACAGUGGGAAGCCCAUUUCUCGAUGUGGCAAAUGCCGAAGGUAUAUGAAGUUCAUCCCAGCAAAGCCUUCCCGUCUCUAUUGCUCCGCGUGUGACGAAACAUUCUCAUUGCCACAAAAUGGCAACAUCAAGCUGUAUAAGGAACUCAAGUGCCCACUGGAUGAGUUUGAGCUGCUUCUCUGGACAACUGGGGCAAAAGGAAAGACUUACCCAUUGUGUCCGUAUUGUUACAACAACCCACCUUUCAGUGACAUGAGGAAAGGGAUGGGCUGCAAUGAAUGCACACACCCAACUUGUUCUCAUGCUUUUGCCCAGAAUGGAGUGUCUGAAUGUGUGGAGUGUGACAAUGGAAUUCUUGUUUUGGAUUUGACCUCUGGACCAAAAUGGAGGAUGGCGUGCAAUAAAUGCAAUGUUGUGAUCCAUUUCUUUGAAGGAGCAUCAAAAGUUGGCGUGAAGGAAGAUAAUUGUGUUGACUGUGGAGCAAAUAAUGUGGAAGUGGCUUUUAAGGAAGGCAAGAGUCCUUUCCCAGAUGGUUCAACAGACCAUGUGGGCUGUGUCUUCUGUGAUCCGGUCUUCAAGCCGCUCAUGGAGAAACAUCAUGCUGUUGCACUGCGGAGAACUGGUGGGGCUAGCAGGUCUGCUCGAGGUGGACGAGGGCGAGGCAGGGGCAGAGGUCGAGGACGUGGUCGAGGAAAACCAAAGGACAAAAUGGCUCAGCUGGCAGCGUAUUUUGUGUAA